UUUCAGCUUACCGCUAUAAAUUAUCGGUUCACAGAAAAUGGCUACUCGAACAGAGGAAGAAAAAAGAAGGGAUGCCAGCAGUUUUGUAACAAAUUUCAAGGACCACCUUACUUAUAGUGACUCGUCGAAAGAAUGGCGAUGGGAUGCGGAAUUUGCAUUUUUUGUUCUGAAACAGUGUAUAAUAAGUCGUAUACUGAUCAUCAUCAUACAGUUUGUUAUGAAUGUCGCCAUAACUGAUUAUCCUACAGAUGCCUUUCAAGGAGUUCCAGUCCCACAAGAGGAGUUAUCUCACGCUGAUCGUUGGAUCCGCAUUGCUUUUGGUGGUCUAACGAAGUGGGAUGCAGUACAUUUCCUGCAUAUUGCGCAGUACGGCUACACUUAUGAGAACAAUCUUGCCUUCUUUCCUUUAUUUCCAACGUUAAUUUAUUCUUUCACAUUGAUUUGGAGCUGGGCACUACCUUUCGUUCAUUUUUCAACAGCUAUUAUACUCACCGCCGUCACUGUGAACUUUAUAGCUUUUACUUUAUGCGGCCAACUAUUGUAUGCGUUGCUGCUUAUGCUCACUAAGUCGAAGAAGCUUGCUCUGCUCGCUUGCCUUGUGUUUACUUUUAAUCCGGCUAGCGUCUUCUUCUCUGCCGUUUACUCCGAAAGUGUGUAUAUGCUUUUAACUUUUUGUGGUAUGUUCACACUUUAUGCCGAUUCAUCUCUAUCAUUUGUACGUUAUAUUAUUGCUGCUCUAUUUUUCUCCUUCGCAUUUGCAACGAGAGCAAAUGGUGUUUUCAAUUUCGGUUACAUUUUAUUCCAACUAACGGUGGAAACAGUCUACUCGAUGACAUUGCAUAAAUUCAUCUGGGAGCGCGACUGUGGUAUUGUGUUAUUGAAGGUGUGAAAUCAUCAAACGUUUUGUUGUUGUGCAGUAUCCUCCUGUUGUUGUA